UAAAAACAAAAUUAAAAUUAAUCAUAUCUUCGUAAAUAAUAAUUAAAAAAUUUAUAGCGAAUCAUACAUUAUCAUAAACAAUAAAAAAAAUUACAUUAAAUCUUGAAUAUCAAUAAUAUCGCAUCAGUGAUUCAUAAUACAGAACGACUCAACAGAUAAAAUAGCAACACUGCAUUGUCAGCUUAUCAGCGAUCCAUAAUGUAAAUAAUUGCAGUUACAAUUAUAACAUUUAUGUAUAUUAUAUAAUAGUUUAACAUUACAGUUUUCAUAAUAUAGUCUAUUAUGAUAAAACACAGUCUCUCAUCAAUUGCUCUCUAUCUCUAUUUAUUUUUUAUUCAAAAUUUAUAGAUUAUCAGAUUAAAAAAGAUAUAUUAAAAAAUUUCAAAUUAUUUUGUAUGAAAUAUUAUAAACGAAAAUUAUCACACUUUAUGAUUUACAAAACUGAAUAAGUUAUUAUAAUUUUUUCAUUGAUUUUAAAAUAGAAGAAAUAGAAAUCCCGAGUGAAGAUGCAAUAUCGAGGAGAGAUGUCGCUUUAAUCGUGAUUGAUUGUCAAAAACUUGAUAUUUAGUAGAUAUACGAGUAGCCUUUCUGUAGUAAAGAAUAGGCGAAAUAGCAUACAAUCGAAAACAAAACAAGGUAAAUGGUGGUUUUAAUACUUUUGUUCCCGCCGCAUCUUUUCGAUUUAUCAAAGAAAAGAAUGCGGGUCGCGGUGCAACAGUAAAAGAUCUAUUAUGUUUAAUUAAACAGAUAACGGCGGAAUUAAUUCAAGAUGUUAGAGCGGCGACAUUAGCCACCUCGAUACUUGUUCCACCCCCGCGCGCGAUUUCUCUCGGGUCAACGCGCACCGACCACCACUACCAGGCUCCCCCGAGAGCGACAAAUUGCAAAGUUAUCCCCUCUCUCCCUUGAACGCGACACUUAUAGAGAAUUAAUAGCGGCUUUUAUUGCGAGUUCUCGAAGUAACUGGCGGAAUUGCCAAAAAAGUUUAAGUCGAUCUAUGUCGACGGCGACGCAGGCGCAAACGUGCCGUUUCCAUGGCGCCGUUGCUAUACAGUUAGCUUUUUUAAUCACAUUCCCGCGUCACGUACGAAGUCACGGUCUCGCUCGAGUAGUCCAGUCGGAUUGAGUAUUUUUGCCCUUCGGGGUGCGCUUCGGCAUCACCAGCACCGGCGUGGACCUUAAAAUCCAGGCUGCGUGCACGUAACCCAGCACAGUGUCGUGGGACAAAAGUGGCGGGUGGUGUGUUUACUGUGGUGGCGGCGAGGGUAUUAUCCUGACAAAACUAAAACUGGUCAGGUCAGUAACGCGGGAUGCGACUAAAGCCCUGCCUCGUAACCUUCUAUCUCCUGUUGCUUUCGAUCGUCUCGACCUAUAUUGCUCCUGUACUCGGUUCUGAUUUAAUUCGUUACAAGGUAAGCACGCGCUCGAGACAUCGUUAUUUUACGGUAAACAAUAAUGGCAUAUCGCCGGAUACCGAGAGUCCUCCAUCCACCACGCCGACCUCGACGGAUGACGAAGCCGCAGACUCGGAGAACCAGCACGUCCACAAGAACGACGACCCGUGCCUGGUGAAGUAUUGCGGCGCGGGAAGAGAGUGCCAAGUCUCCGCGGACGGCGAGGAGAUGGUCGCCGCGUGCGUCUGCGUUCGUAGAUGCGCGCGGAGACAUCGACCGGUCUGUGCGAGCAAUGGCAGGGUAUACGUCAAUCACUGCGAGAUGCACCGCGCGGCCUGCAACGCCGGCACGCCGUUAACCACGCGAAGGCUCUCCAGAUGCUUCAACAAUGGUAAUUACAGCGUGCAGGCACGAAAGGAUUUCUUCGCGUACCAUGUCCCCUCCAAAAGCAAGGCUAUCGCUAAGUACGCUAAGAAUAAGAUGAAGCAUCAUCAGGCGAACAAAUCGAUUCCACGAAAGAACGGUCACGAUAUUGAGGAGUGUUCGGCACAAGAAUACGAGAUUAUGAAAGACAAUUUGCUUCUGUAUAGCCAUGCCAGAUUAAUGGCCGAAGAUAAUCACAGCAAGGAAUACUUGGUCAGCAUCAUGUUUUCUCACUACGACAGAAACAAUGAUGGUAAUUUGGAACGGGAGGAGCUCGUACAGAUCGCGAAGGAAGAAAACAUGGAGGAGCUAUCCGCGGGAUGCAACUUAAGCCACAUGAUCAAUUACGAUGACACCGACGGUGAUGGCAGAUUGAAUGUUAACGAAUUCUACAUGGCUUUCAGUAAGCUCUACAGCGUAUCGGUGGUAUUGUUGGAUAAAUCCCUCGAAGUGAAUCACAUAUCCGCGCGAGUCGGAGACAAUGUUGAGAUUAAGUGCGACGUCACCGGAACACCAUCUCCGCCUUUGGUCUGGCGUCGUUAUGACACGGACGUGGAAACCCUCAACGAGGCGGAGAUUCGCGUUCUUAACGAUGACAGUCUUUAUCUAACAAACGUGCAAUUGGAACAUGCUGGUAAUUACACGUGUCACGCUCUCAGCAACGAAGAUGUAGUGCAAACUCACAUGCUCACCAUUUACACUGUACCCGAAGUCAGGGUGACACCACAGUUCCAAUCCAAGCGACCAAAGGGAACAGCGAAGAUGAGGUGCCACGUGAUAGGUGAACCUCUUCCACGUGUACGAUGGCUGAAGAAUGACAAACCCCUGAGCGAGGAUCAACCAGACAAGUACGAAGUGAUCGGGAACGGUACCAAAUUGCUAAUCAGGAAGGUCGAUUAUGCCGACACGGGAGCUUACAUGUGUGAAGCGACCAGCGCUGGGGGACUAACGAGAGACAUUAGCAGUUUAGUGAUUCAGGAGCAACCUACACCGAUUGCGACAGAUGAAGAACGGAGAUUCUUAUCUUUUCACGAGUGGGGUAUUUUAGUAUACGAACCAUCUACGUGUCAUGCGUUACACGAAAUUCAUUCCACAGACAUCAUACCUGGUACCCAGGAAUAUGUUUGCGGCCCUAAAAAUGUUCCGUGUUCUUGGGGACGUGCCAUAAAUGUUGCUGAUAGAUAUGUAUACGUUAGUCAACCGGAUAAGAACCGUGUGCUUGUGAUCAGCGAGGUGCAGAUGAUGAUAAUCGAUGUAGUAGCUACAGACAAAAACCCAGUCGAUCUGUGGUAUGUACAAAAUCUUGACUACGUGUGGGUGUUAAACUGGAGAAACGAAAGAGACGUCGGCAUCAAGACCGUGCAAAUAAUCAAGGAAGCUGCCCAACGAAAAAAACAUCGUACCAUACAACUGGAACCUAUUGAUGCACAAUUUGAUCGCCUAAAAGGACUGUACAUUCCACAGCAACGAGAUACAAAACACAUAUUCAAAUACGGUUAUGUGACACAUACAUAUCAACAUGGGAUGUACAAGCUCGACCUGGUCAACAUGAGAUACACUCGUACCGUGAACUUGGCCAGCUACAACUGCUUACCAACAAGCAUAGAAUUCUCUGAUCUUUAUGGUUUUGUAAUAUUGGAAUGUAAAGAUCCGAUCACUAGUCGACCUACUGGUCAAGUGCUGUUAGACUAUCUUACUGAUAGCGUACUCGCUCACAAACCAAGCAUCCUGGGAAAGCCAGCGAUUUCUCCUGAUUCCAGAUACCUGGUUACUCUCGACAAACAAAACACUGGUGUCACUCUCGUAGUGCAAGAGAUAUUACCAAGCGGACUAAAAUUCGCUUUUGACGUAAAAACAACUUUAAAUAUCAGCGAUAUUGCCUUCUAUCCAUCACAAACGACACAUAGUUACGACAUAUAUGCUUCGUCGACAGACAAAGAAGACAUUCUCUUUUUAGAUUUAACUACUGGAAAAGUGGAAAUGAUAACGGGCGUGGGAAAAGCAACACCACCACAUCUCACCAAAUGGGGUAAUCCGAAUAGACCGAUAAUACAAAGCGGUAUAUUUGGUCGAUAUAUGGUAAGCCCGUCCAACCAGGCGCUCUUUGUUCUUAAUGGAGAGACCCGUACGGUGAAUUGCGAGAUUGGUGGCCUUAUACAUCCCGGCGCGAUUGUUUGGUUCACUGUUUCGUUGCGUUAAUGAAUGUAGCUUCGUGACGACGACAAUACGAGACGUACGUAUAUAAAUUGAACAUAAGGAUUUGAAGGAGUAUCGAAGGUUAGAUACGAAAAAACUUAGGUGGAAUUACAAAUAAUAUAGAGAAAUAAACUGCGAUAAAUGCUUUCAUCUUCCCUAGAUUGUUAUUUCUUAAAUAAAUUUCUUACGUUUAAAUAUUUUGACUGCACUAAUUGAAGAAAACAUCAACGUGCGCGCGCGCACGUUAUGUCAAAACAAUAUCCG